CACAAAACCUCAGCAUCAGAUCUCGUUCAGAUCAGCAGCUUUACAGCGAACGUCACGAGCACCGCAGGUCAGUAACACGGCCCUGAAAAAGAUCAAUCCCCUCCAGAUCCGCUUUACUGUAACGCCUGGUUCUGUGAGGGAGAGAGGGAAUGAUCCGGCACCGUACAGGUGUGCAGUGUUUACCUUCACUUGCUGUUGGGAUUUGGGCCUUUAUAAUUCUGGUCUAUCACAGAUCGUCGCAGUAUGCAAAUGAGCUGUCGAACUCUUGAGUAAAUAAUGAAUUGUGUUCUAAUUAUGAGUUUAAAGUCAUUAAUGAGUGAAUGAUUCAUUCAUGCAUUCGUGUGCCGUGGUCUUCUGUCUCGAGCUUUACCCCGGGUUUGAAUGGAAUCUUCCCUGUUAAUCCUGGUUUUAGGUUUACGUUAAUCUCAGAUGGACUUGAAUCGAGUAGCGAGGCCUUGAUUAGGUCUGAGUUUAUUCUGAAGCUCUUCCUGUGUGUUUUAAUCAGAAACUUUUUUGCAAGGUUUGCGUUUAGAUUUUUGAAAAUACAUUUUGUACCCGGUUUAAUGGUGUGUUGUGAUUGGUUGGAUUUUAUCGUGUGGUGUUUGUUGUUCCUCUGCAGUCUUUCAGCUGCUCUGAGUCCAGACGCCACAGAGGCCAGUCAGAAACCCGUCCUCACCUUCACCGCCCACGAAGGUCCCGUGUUCUCACUGAUCUCCACGGACACACACCUCCUCAGCUCCGGGAACGGAGAGAUCAGCGCGUGGAGCUGGGCGGAGCUCGGCAAGAAGAACACUAAAGCUGUUUGGACAAAGAGACCCGAUUACAAAACCGGUCUGGAAAUCCCCGAGAUCAACGCCAUGAUCAUCAACAGCAGAGAGAACAGCUUGGUGGUCGGUGGGGGAGACAACAACAUCCACAUCAUGGACCUGGAAACUGGAACCUUCAAGUCAGUUCUGCAGGGUCACACAGAUUAUAUUCACUGUUUAUCUCUGAGAGAGAGGGACGGAGAGAUCCUGUCAGGAGCGGAAGAUGGAGCCGUGAGAAUGUGGGACGGGAGGACGGGCCAAAGCGUGCACUGUGUGGAGGUUUAUAAAUAUGAGGAAUGCGCUCGCCCCCAGUACGGGAAGUGGAUCAGCUGCGUGACGACGGAUUCUGAUUGGAUGCUGUGUGGUGGAGGCCCCGCCCUCUCUCUGUGGCAUCUCCGCUCCAUGUCUCCCACCUCCAUCUUCCCGCUGAGUGGCUGUCAGAGGGAAGCCGUGUUUCAUCAGGACCUGAUCUUUGCAGUAGGUGAGGGUCCACACGUGUCUCACUGUUUGCUGGGGGGAAGCGUGAAAGCUCAGAUCCCCUGCACUCCUCCGUCACUGAACACACUCGCCCUGAACCUUGGUACCACUGAACACAGGGUGAUGACCGUCGCAGGCAGCAGCAACCAGAUCGACGUUUUCACCAACUUCUCCUACAGAGCCUUCUCGCUGUCCUUCUGAACAUCACACACACUUUCAAACCAUCCUGAAAGCUUGCUCUGUCCGUAUGCAUCACUCUAACGCCAGUUCGUUUUGUAAAUUAAAGCAGCAGUGUGUAAUAUUCCGAACCCUCUUCUGCCCGUGAACAGAAUUACAGUCACAGUAAAGUCAUGGAUACGCCUUUCACCUCCUCUCUAACUGACCACACCCACUCUGCAUGCCUUUUAAGGAAAAGGUGCGAGACUGUGUGCUUUUCACUGGCUUGGGGACGGGGUUUAUUUCUGGCCUGGGGAACGUAAGAAGAUUGUAAACAGUCUGAAUUGAAGAAACUAGUCAGAUAUAUUGCAUGAAAAUAUUUCACAUGACAGUUUUUCCACGUGGAAACAUUUUUCAAUAUCACUAACUGCUCCUUUAAAGAGAGGACCGCGUCAAUGACAGGAUGGAUGUACGUUCAAAUUGUCUUUUCAACUGCGAAAUAGACCCCCCCCCCCAAAAAAAAGAAUUCACCUUAACCGAGAGAAUCAUCUUUCGAUUAAAAUAUAACACAACUUUUAUAACAGUAGUAAUGUAUUUUGUUUUAUUUUGCAGUGUAUUUGUAUAAUAAAAUAUUUUCAUACACUUUCA